AGCUUACAUAAAGUCAUGGCACCUUUGAUUACUCUGCAUGGGAUUGCUGGACUUCUUGCCAUGUAGAGUGGUUCAUGUAUCCGCUUUGAUAUUACGGCUUCGUAUUACCAAGUCUGUGCAUCUGGAAUAACUGGUUCUCAUACCCGACGUGGAGUGGUUACAGGAUGAGAGGUCGUGGUUUGCCAUAUGAAUAAGUCAUCUUAUCGAAUUUCCUCUACCUUGGGACGAGCUCAACAUAGAUGGACUCCUGGUUUACUUUCCAUAUGAAUUUAUUUAUCCUGAACAAUAUUCCUAUAUGCUUGAAUUGAAGAAGACACUAGAUGCAAAAGGUCAUGGAGUGUUGGAAAUGCCUUCUGGAACAGGAAAAACUGUUACUUUGUUGUCAUUAAUCCUGGCAUAUCAUUUGGAAAAUCCUCAGUCUGUUGGGAAGUUGAUUUAUUGUUCGCGAACUGUUCCUGAGCUUGAAAAAGUUGUUGAAGAAUUGCAAAGGCUACUUCUCUAUUAUAAGUCAACUAUUGGGGAGGCACCAAGGAUACUGGGACUGGCUUUGAGUUCCAGAAAGAAUCUUUGCAUCAAUGCUGAUGUGAAAAAACAUCAGUACGGUAAAGAAGUUGACAGUCAUUGUCACUCCCUCACUGCAUCAUUUGUCAGACAAAGGCAUCAACAGAAUGAGGACAUUCCCAUUUGUGCUUAUUUCGAAAAUUUUGAUGCAUUUGGUAAAGAAGAAGCUCUUCCUGCUGGUGUUUAUAAUUUAGAUGAUAUGAAAGCAUAUGGACGUAGGAAGGGAUGGUGUCCUUAUUUCUUAGCAAGACAUAGUAUCAUGCAUGCAAAUGUUGUUGUCUACAGUUACCAUUACCUACUUGAUCCUAAGAUAGCUGAUCUUGUAUCAAAAGAAAUGUCAAAGAAUUCUGUUGUGGUUUUUGAUGAAGCACACAAUAUCGACAAUGUCUGCAUAGAGUCAAUGAGUGUUAAUAUAAGCAGAAGAACAUUAGACAGAUGCACUGGAAAUCUCAAUCAACUUCAGGAUCAUCUGAGCAAAAUGAAAGAAUCAGAUGCAAAAAAACUUCAAAAUGAGUAUCAGAGAUUGGUUGAAGGAUUAAGAGAAGCAAAUGUUGCCAGAACAUCUGAUGUUGUUUUAUCUAAUCCCAUCCUACCAGACGAAGUUUUACAAGAAGCAGUACCAGGCAGUAUAAGAAACUCGGAACAUUUUGUUAAAUUUAUGAAAAGAUUUGUUGAAUAUUUAAAAUCGAGAUUACGAGUUCGGCAUGUUGUCAGUGAAACUCCGGUAUCAUUUCUACACGAUAUUUUCGACAAAGUUUGCAUCGCUAAAAAACCUUUGAGAUUUUGUUCAGAACGUCUUUCGUCACUGCUGCGUACACUUGAAAUGCCACAAAUUGCAGAUUUUUCACCGAUUGUCUUAAUUUCUAAUUUUGCCACGUUAGUAAGCACCUAUAACAAAGGUUUUGUUUUAUUAAUUGAACCUUUUGAUGAUAAAGCACCAACAGUGUUCAAUCCAGUAAUGCAUUUCAGCUGCAUGGAUGCCUCCAUUGCCAUCAAACCUGUGUUUGCAAGAUUUCAAAGUGUGAUCAUCACUUCGGGUACACUUUCUCCGCUAGACAUGUAUCCCAGGAUUCUUGAUUUUCAACCAGUUACUAUGGCAACCUUUACUAUGACACUUGCUAGACAAUGUCUAUGUCCUAUGGUUGUCACGAGAGGCAACGACCAAGUUGCAAUAAGUUCUAAAUUUGAGACAAGAGAGGACAUUGCAGUGAUUCGGAACUAUGGAAAUCUUCUUGUUGAAAUGUGUAGAAUUGUUCCAGAUGGUGUUGUCUGCUUUUUUGUUUCAUAUGUGUACAUGGAGAACAUAGUUGCUGCAUGGUAUGAGCAAGGAAUCCUUGAGAAUAUUCAGAAAAGUAAACUUUUAUUCAUUGAAACUCAAGAUGCUGCUGAAACUAGUAUGGCCUUGGAUAAGUAUCAUGAGGCCUGUAACAAUGGAAGGGGAGCAGUUCUGCUGUCAGUUGCUAGAGGCAAAGUUUCUGAAGGAAUUGAUUUCACUCAUCACCUCGGACGAGCUGUCAUCAUGUUUGGCAUUCCUUAUGUUUACACUCAGAGUAGAAUUUUACGAGCGAGACUUGAGUAUCUACGAGACAACUUUCAAAUUCGUGAAUCUGAUUUUCUAUCUUUCGAUGCACUUCGACACGCAGCACAGUGUGUUGGAAGAGUAAUUCGUGGCAAAACUGAUUAUGGAAUUAUGGUCUUUGCCGAUAAGAGAUUUGCACGUAGCGACAAGAGAAAUAAGUUACCUCGUUGGAUACAAGAACAUUUGGGAGAUAAUGUAUGCAAUUUAUCAACUGAUGAAUGCGUCCAUAUUGCCAAGAGGUUUUUACGAAUUAUGGCUCAACCAUUUACCAAGGAUGACCAACUUGGAUUAUCACUGCUAACUCAUGAACAACUGGAAACUGGUGAAAUGCAGAGAAGAAUUCAGCAACUUGCACAUCAAGUUUAACAUUUUUUAUGCACAAAAAUAACAAUCAUUUCUUAUUCACUUA